CUUAAUUGUUGUUGAUCAUCGAAGCCGACGCCCCAGCAACGCCAGAAAAAGACAACACUGUGUAGCACUCUGUCCGGCUGGCUGGUUCAUCGUUCGUCGUUCAUCGUUCAUCAUUGUUACUUUGUAGUUGUUUAUGUGUUGUACUGUACUGUGUGUGUGUGUGUAGCGUGCCAUCGUUUACUGAGUAUUGACUUCUUUGUUACUGCACAUUAUUCUUAUACAAUUCUACCGACUCUCACACUUCGUUAAUUGUACAUUCUGCAUUUGCUGUUCUUCCAAGUUAUUUUAGGUAACAUAUUACAUUUUUAUUACGUAAAAUAGUAUUAUAAUUUAACAAGACUUAUUUUAUAAUUCAGAGAUUUCAGAUUUGGUCGCCGACACGUCCUGAACACUCCUAGCUAAAGGGAUCAAACUCCAUUACAAGUAUGAAUAAUUUUUUGCUUUACCUAGUUAUUAUUUUAAAUAAUUUCAGCGUCCUCCAUUUUGUUAGUGCCUCGCCAGUGCCACUUGAAAUGUAUUAAAAUGUAUAUCAAGUAACUCGCAGGUAUAUAUUAUUUUACCUAUUGUCGGUACUGGUGGAACGAUUUGCUGGGCCCGGUAUAAUUUUUUUUUCUUAGUGCGGGGCCUCAGUAUUUAACUUAACGAAAAGUACGAUAUAGGUACACAUUCAGCCAGAGUUGGUAAUCUACAUAUAUAAAACAUUUUAUACGUUCUACGUAUAAUACUCCACGUUGAAAACUCGUAAUAAACUUUAUAAUGAGUAAGACAUUAUUUUUUUUUCCCUAUAAGUUUAUUUUAUUUUACAUUGGUUAUCACAUCAACUUUGUGAAUUUUCUUAAAUUUAGAUUAGAAUAAAAACAAAACUAAUUAUUUUCUGAUAUUAUAAAUGUUAAUAUAGUUGUUAAUAAAGAAUACAGAUGAACUUAGUAAGUAAUUUUAGGGUUGGAACGUAUAAUACAGUAAUAAAGCAUAAAACAUGUAUUAUAUGUAUGUAUAAAACGUAGAGUCUAAAACUAUUUGGUAAAAUAAUUGUCUAUUUAAUUAAAUUAUCAUUUUAUAUAUUUUAUAAUAAUUAACUUAAAUAUAUGUGAUAGUUUGUUAUAUUGAUUACUAAAUUCAUCUUCAUUUUUUUAACAAUAACUACAUUAAUAUUUAUAAUAACAAAACAUAAUAUUUUGUUUAUAUUAUAAUAAAUUAAAGAAAAUUCAUCAAACUGAUGUAAUUUGUUAAUUUUUUUUUUUUUUAAUUUAUAAGUUUAAAUAUUUGUUAUAUUUUAAAACGUACAGUAUUAUCGUUCUAAUAAACUUGAGGAAAUAAAAUGUAGUCGUUAUAAAGUUAUAGACGUGUAACACUUAAGAAAGUUUUAUACGCGUAUAUUACCAACUCUGUAUUUUACUAAGAAUUGGAGAUAUAUGUAUGAAAAUUAUAAAUUGAGGAAUAAUGUUAUUAAAGAAAAUUAAUUUUAAUUUGCCUAUUUUAUACUUAGCAAUUUUCUUUUUUUUAAACACUACAAUUUUAAAAAAACAAAAAUGUAUUCAAAAGCAUGAUUAAUGCCAGGAUAUGUGAUGAUUUUUUAACUCAGUACUCUAAAAUAAACAUUUAAAUACAACAUUUAUCAAUGGUCUGGUCCGAUUCACACUUGCAUGGGUUCUGCCCGUUAUUAUUGUAACAGUCAAUUUUAUAAUAAAACAUUUUGAAUGUUCAAUAUUCAAUGUUAAGAAUGAUGGUACAAUCAAACGAAAAUAUUUAGUUACAGAGUUGUAACAAUUUAAAUGCUCAUAUACGGUAUAAGUUUGGCCCUUAGUGUAAAAAAAAAAAAUCGGAAAGCUACUUUUACAAUUUUCAUUUCCCUUACAUUAUAUAUGUUCUGCAGUGAGAAUUUCUACUUGACAAAAUAUUAUUAAUCCUUAUAUUUCCGCUGCUCUAUCACUUUGUGAUAGAACUGUUGAUUACCUCUAUGAAUUCUAUUUUUCCUUUCAGUUUCAUUAUUGUGUUUGGUUUGUUUUUGUGCACAAAAAGUCCUAGGGAGUGGGCUCCCAUGACCUUACAUAUGCUCCAUUUGCGAAAAGAAAAUUUCCAAUGUGACUUAUAUGAAAUAAAAUUUGUAAACCAACAUAUAUCACCCAAUUAUAAUUAUGUUAAAUGUUCACCUUUUGAUUACAAUUAAUUAAAUCUUUAGUGGUUUUUUCCCUUAUUUUAGUUGUUUUAAACAGUUAUAUUAUCAUUCAUUACCAUUAGCCGCAAGUCAAUUAGAAGUUAAUUAAAAAUGAUUACAUUAAUUCUGUGCAAUACAGGUAGAUAUCGAUAUAAUGCUGAUUAAGAGAUUUUUUUUUUUUUUUAAAAUGACUAUUUCAUACAUACAGUUAAUAAAUAUAUUCAAAAAUUUGAUUUCAUCGUUUUCAAGUAAAGUUUGGUUAGCUAGUGGUUUACUCUAUUGUAACUUAAUUACCUUGUAUUAUCCUAUCUUACCAGUUGUCUACCAACAACAAUGGUGUAAAGUAUUUUGUGAACAUUUUUUUCGUUUAAGUAUUUUAAAUUAAAUUAAUUAUUAUUGUAUUAUAAUAUUGAUAGAUAACUUGUUAUCUUGUUGUAUAAACAACAAAUUGUGCUAAAAAAAUUAUCUAUAUCUUAUUCCAAUUUUAUGAAUAAAAUAUACUUAGGUGGCAUUUGUAUAUUCAAUAUUAUAUUCUAAAGAUAAUCGAAGUCGAGAGACUACUCUCUUUAUGUUAUAUGUAUAGUGCCAUUGUUGCUACUUUGCAUUUUUCAGAUCUUAUUAUAUUCAAUCGCAGUUCAUCAAUAAAAUAAAUUAACUUUAUUUGUUUAAUUUUGACUUGUAGUCCGUGUGCUGUAAUAUAUGUAAACCAUUUUUUUUGGUAUAGUUAAGCGUUAUUAAAAUCUAUUAAUUCUCACUCUACAGCGAGUUGUCCUCAGUUUGGUCAUUAAGGGAUUCAGUGUCGGUUUUCCAAAUUUUCCUUAAUUUUGUAAUAUUUGAAAUUAUUUUUAACAUUUAAAUAUACAUUUUAAAGAUAAAGACUUUUCCUCUAAUUUACUACCCUAUACCUCUGUGCCUCUAUUUAAGGAAACAAGAACUACUAUUUUCUUAAAAUUAUUUUUUUUUUUUAAAUAAUAACAUUCAAUUCAAUAGACUGAUUUUUAUUUAAAUUAAAUUAAUGGUAUAAAAAAAAAGUUUGAUAAACAUUGAAAUCAAAAUACUAAAAACUAAAGUUAGCAGAGAUUUUUUUAGAAAAUUCCUCCAAUAAAAAGCAAAAACAAUGAAAUUUGACCACUAACAACGCAUAAGAAUAAUUGAAGUCGAAAAAUGUGAUGCCACUGGGCUCCUUUAUCUAUUGACAUUAGUACUAUUAAUUAUUAUUAUUGUUAUUACCAAUUAAUAAUGAAAAAUUAAAAACUUAUUUUUAAAAAGCUAUAUUCAUAAUUUUGUAAUUUAUAUAAUAAUUUAUAUUUUAUUUUGAAUGAUAAUAAGUUUAUUAUACUAGAAGGAUUUUAACCCUACAUUACAUGCGCACCUGUCUAAAGGACCUGGUUAUUUUAUUUGUACACAUAACUCGCUACUAUCACUAUUACUAAUUGAUUUUAUAUUAUUUUAUUUUAUUUUUUUUGCAGAUACCAGACUAAAAAACUGCAAUUUUUUUAAAAAUGGAUAAUUUGAAUGUAGUAAAACAGUGCAAGGAAUGUGGCAGUGAAUUCCUUAAACAAGAAGAUUACAUCAGCCAUGUAAAAUCACAUUUCACUUCAACCAAAGCUAAAAAAUCCACAAACAAAAAAAAUAAACUCUCCACUAAAGCUAAAAAAUCUAAUGUCGCCACUAAUGCCAAAAAAACUAAUGUCGUCACUAAUGCCAAAAAAACUAAUGUCUCCAUUAAUGUCAAAAAAACUAAUGUCGCCACUAAUGCCAAAAAAACUAUUGUCGCCACUAAUGCUAAACAAACGGGAUUCUGUUGUUCUAUUUGUAGUAAUUUGUAUAUUUCUCUGGAAUCUUUAAAAAAUCAUGAAUACACUUGCCAUGCAAAUAAAAAUGAAAAGCCUACUGAACCAGAAACUAACAUUGACCAAACAAAAGAAACUGAAGUUGUUGUGGAUGCACAGGCUGAAAAUAUUGAACCACCAACAACUGAAUUGCCUGCGAAACCAGUGAAGUGCUGCAUGUGCAGUGAAAUCUAUGUUGACAACGUAUUCAUUUUUUCCCAAGAGUGUCAUUAUCAAAUUGAAAGUUUAUUUCCUAAAUUUGAUAAUGACACUAAAAGGAUUUGCUUAGGUUGUCACUUUUCUAUGUGCUCGGAAAACAAUCCAGUCCCUAAUAAAGGCAUUAGUGGCGAUAUAGAUAAAGAAAGAAUUAUUACAUUACCAAUUGGAUCUGAUCAAGUUCCAGAAUUUUGUUCCCAUACUGAUCUAUUACAAAAUCUUACUUUAACUCCUAAACCAUUUAAUUGUACAUUUUGUCAAUCUGUUUGUGAGAGAUUUGAUCACUAUGAAAUACAUAACUGGCUUCCACCAAUUGCAACAGAAGUUAUUGAGCAUCCUCACGAUGAAGUAUUGGAACAACUCACAUUAGACCCCCCUCAGACAUCUAAUUGUAUUUUUUGCAAUACUGCUUGUAACAUACUGGAACAUGUUGAAGUUAAUCGUUGGGUUCUACCAGAGGAGGAAAACUAGUUGCCUGGAAAGCCAUCAAAUACUUCAGAUGAAGACUACGUUUGAUAUGCAUGAUAAUAAUGAAUGAAUAAUUUGUUGUGUAUUUUACUGAAGGAAUUGUGAAUUGAUUUAAAGAUUAGAACAUGACAGUAUCUAUGUAAAUUGUAUUUUAAUAUAUUUGUUACAACUCUCGAUAAAUUAUCUAUUUUUUUUUUUUAUGUUUGUUUUUAUUAAUUAUAUGUAGUAAACAGCUUAAAAAUGUUACAAAAUUGUUUGGUGGUAAAUUUACUGUCCAUUUUGAUUUUUAUAAUAGUUUCUAUAGUAAUAAAUAAAUUGCCAUCAACCUAUUGUCAAGAUAGUUAUUUUUUAAUAAAGUGUGAAAAAAAUGUAAACUUGUUUAUUUUUAAGGGAACCUUAUAAGUUAUUAUUAUUCAGUUUAAGAGUAACAUUUUAACAACACUCCUCCCCUUCUGUUGAAAUUAUAAUUUUAAUUGGUCUCUGGUUAUGACGUCAAUCAUGAUUUUGGACUUAUUGGGCUCCUGAGAACUUGUGUUUCAGGAACAAUGUUAACAUAAUGUCUGUAGUGUCCUAAUUCUGUAUAUGUGACAUUAUUAAUGUGUAUGACCAUCUGUCACACUUUGUCUAAAUGACAACCCAAGUUGUCCAAUUACUACGGCUAAUAUUUCUUGUACCAUAUAUGAUCAGCACGGAAUUAUUGAAUCUAUAUUUUGUU